ACUUAGUGGCUCUUGCUGGGUUUAGUUCUGUAAAAAAUUGGACCAAAUGGCUCUGUGUGGGAAAGGUUGAAGAGCCCUGGAUUUGAACAGCACAAUGAACUAAAUGUAUUUAUUCAAAUGUCAAUUUAUUUCUUUCUACUGAAUUUCAAAUUGUUUUUUUGCCUUUGAUGCCUGGGUCAUUGAAACAACUUCUUUGGUGAAAGGUGCACUGCAGUGUCACUUCCUGUUGUGCUCUCUAGCACCCCCUGAUGGUGAGCGGCGGUAACGCAGCGCCCCUGUGUGACCGUCCCACCGCCUCCCGCAGGGGCUGCUCUCAAGUUCACAAACCGCAUCACACAGUUCUGUAGACCGUCCCACUGUGAGACUAUCUGACUGUUGUGCUUUGUAGAGACGGACGGAAUUUCCGAUUAGCUUGAACUUUUCUGUAACUCCCUCUGCCCGCAUAAACUCUCUGUUUUCUUUUCAUCCCUUAUUGUGUUUUUUCUUUUCUUUUUGUUGAUGGCGUGGGCUGAACAAGAUGGACACGGUUUGUCUGCCGGUGGGAAACUUGAUAACAGCUUCAUCCUCUAAUGUAGCCUGCACUGAUUGAUCCGCUGGAGACGCGUCGUCUACCAACAAGUAGCCACACUGGCCGGUUUCCAUCUCUCAGUCCUACGAUGAACAUUCCCCCCGUGGAGUUUCGGUAAACUUUUUUUUUUCUCCCCCCGCUCUAAACGACUCGCCAUGUCGGGAGUGGUCCGCACUCUGAGCCGCUGCCUGCUCCCGGCCGAGGCCAGCCGGGACCCGGGCGGCAGCAAGGAGGGGAGCCGGGAGAGGGACGCCGCGCAGGAGCGGGAGGCUAAGCGAAGGAGCCGCGAGAUAGACGCCAUGCUGGCCCGGGAGAGGAGAGCCGUGCGGCGGCUGGUCAAAAUCCUGCUGCUCGGCGCCGGGGAGAGCGGAAAGUCCACAUUCCUCAAGCAAAUGCGCAUCAUUAACGGGCAGGAGUUUGAUCAGAAAGCGCUGCUGGACUUCCGGGACACCAUCUACGAGAACAUACUGAAGGGCAUGCGUGUGCUGGUGGAUGCCCGGGACAAGCUGGGCAUCACCUGGCAGAGCUGUGAGAAUGAGAAGCAGGGCAUGCUGGUGAUGUCGUGGGAGGGGCGUGUGGGGGCCUCGGGCGUGGAGCCCAGUGAGUUCCAGCUGUACGUGAUGGCGCUGAGCUCGCUGUGGGCCGAUGCCGGCAUACAGGAGGCCUAUGCACGGCGCUCGGAGUUCCAGCUGAGUGAGUCCGUCAAGUACUUCCUGGACAACUUGGAUAGAAUUGGACAACUGAGCUACAUUCCCAGCAGGCAGGACAUUUUGUUUGCCAGGAAGGCCACCAAAGGGAUCGUGGAGCACGACUUUGUCAUCAAAAAGAUUCCCUUUAAAAUGGUGGAUGUGGGCGGUCAGAGGUCACAGAGGCAGAAGUGGUUCCAGUGUUUCGACGGGAUCACCUCGAUUCUCUUCAUGGUGUCGUCGUCCGAGUAUGACCAGGUCUUGAUGGAGGACCGCAGGACCAACCGACUUGUGGAAAGCAUGAACAUCUUUGAGACCAUCGUCAACAACAAGCUCUUCCUCAACGUGUCCAUCAUCCUCUUCCUCAACAAAACAGACCUGCUGGUGGAAAAGAUUCGAACGGUGGACAUCCGGAAGAACUUCCCAGAGUUCAGAGGAGACCCGCGCAGGCUGGAGGAUGUGCAGGCGUUCCUGGUGCAAUCGUUCAGCCGCAAGAGGAGAAACCGGGGGAAGCCGCUGUUCCACCACUUCACCACCGCAGUGGACACAGAAAACAUCCGCUUUGUCUUUCACGCCGUCAAAGACACAAUUCUGCAGGAGAACCUCAAAGACAUCAUGCUGCAGUGACUGUCUGGCCAUCCAGGACGGCUUCUCUGAGAGUUACUGUGAAUUGAGGACUUCUGAGGCUCUGCUCACGCUGACACUACACAGCCCUGACUGUGCAUGGGUGGAGCAGUCAGACUGAACUCUGGUCCUGUGGAGACUCUGCUUUUAACCUGUGGAAAUGCGUCUGAAUGUGUGUGUGGGGGUUGGGAGGAGUACCAGCAGCAUGAGCACUGAAAGUGUUUGUUCCUUUUCAUGUAAAUAAGAAUCCUGACAGCCGUGUCACUAAACGCAGCCAGACUGCAGCUCCAGCUGCGCAGAGACCCAGCCGAGAGCGCCGGGAGGAAGAGGCGGAGCCGAGGGUUCCGAGGCGAGCGCAGCAAAGUUUGGAAGUCCACGUGACGGAGGGGUGAGGGCCCGCUCUGGUCAUAUGCCGCGUUGUGUGAUAAGGUUGCACAAGUGUUCUUGUCAGGGAAGUUCAGCGGGAAAACGGUGGGAGCGAGUUCUCCUGUGACCCCCUGUCCUCCUCGUACGUCUGCUCUCGUCUUCCCACCGCCGUAAAGAGGAGCAACAGCUGCAGAGAACAAGUCCUCCUCUCUGAGUGUCUCCCUGCGCUCCUGUCCAGCAUAAUAGACAGAUUGUUCAUCUCCUUCCUCUUUAGCAGGAGACGCCUAAAUGAGAGAUCUUUGUUUAAGCGCACACAGAUCUUAGUUAUGCAUCACUUAUGGUCCGUCUCCUUACCACCACGCCGCCUUUCUCCUCUUUUCCUCCGUUUCCUCGCAGCUGUACCACAGUGAUCCAACCCGAGUUGACUUUUAAGUCUUUAUUGGGAUCUUUACGCGGUCUUGCUGCUGUUGUUGUGCUGAACGUGAAGAGGGAACAGCAAAAAGAGGCCAGGCUGAACUGUGCGUGCCUCAGCAGGCGUUUGAGCUGUCUGCAGCCGUCAGGCCUAAAGCUACGUUCACAUCCGCAUCAGCAACAAACGUUCAAGCAGAUUGGGGCAUUUGACAUCAUCGACUGUGGAAAAUAUUCAACUUACCCUAAGCAAAAACCAAGUGUUCAGAAAUGUAAAAAAACUUCAGCAAAGCUUAACCCUUGUGCUAUCUUCUUGGGUCCAGAUGACCCAAGUCUUACAUUGACGUGUUAUUCAUCCCGUGACAAAUGUGGACUAAGGUGGACAGGAUUUUAUGUCUACCAUGGACACCAGUGAAAAUCAAAUAUCAUAACAAAUUUUAAAAAAAAAUCAGUGUACUGUCUUGUGGGGUCCAGAUGACCCCACUCCCUACAUUAACAUACCUAGAUAAGCACAAGGGUUACAAUAAUCAAAAUCGUUAGUGUCGCCACUUAAAAUGAAGUUUUUUUUUUUUUUGUCAAUAGGGGCGUACUUUCGGUUCCGAUUGAAGACUUCUGGUUAUGGAUGUUCAUGUUUGUAGCCACUUUCAAUAAAAUAGUCUAUGUAAAUGCAUGUUUUCAGGCUAUCGCGCCAAAAAUUUUUGCAUUCAUGCAUAGUUUUUAUGAUCGUUUUAAGUCAUAUAAAACAUGCACAGAAGUAAUGAUGUAAAAGAUAUUAGAUGUGUAUUGAAAAAUCUAUCCAGUAGUGGGAGUAACCGCAGUAUCGGUUAGGGAUGGAAAAAAUAGAUACGUAUCGAAAAUUUAUCAACCAAAUGCAGUAUCGUUUGAAAACCACAGAUGUGAACAAGAUUAAAUAAUCGAUUUAUGGCAAACUGCAGUUUCUCUUUUUUUAUGGACAUGCGAUGCAAACAAAAGACGUCCAAUCAUAAGCUUGCGUCUUCCAAGUCAAUACCUGAAUAAUUUUUUUUUGUCAAAUGCCAUGCAUUAUUUAUUAUUUAUAGCUUUAAAUGCCAUAUAAACAAAAAAUAUCUAGAUUUUUUGUAAAAGAAUCGGACUGUAUUGUAUCGCCAAAAAGUUAGUUGAAUCCUUUAUGUAUCAAUCAUCUCAGGUAUUCAGAUCAAAUCUUGUGAGGGAAAGAUACGCACCCCAACACGGAAGUCUGUUUGAAAAUUUGUUGUGGAGGAGAAAUAAAAAAUGGCGGUUUGUGCCUGGAUGUAAUUAAAUUACACCAAGUCUUUUAUAUAUGGCAACAGAGCUGUGAAAGUAAAAUCCGGGAGCAAAAGUUGCAAGAUUUUCUCUGCUUUGACAUUUCACACAAACUGUAGGUGGCAGACAUGUGCUAGUUAUUACGCAGUAUAAAAAGAUGACGAAUUAGAAGCCCCUCCCUGUUUGUCCAGUGUGAACACCAUAAUCUAAACGUGCGUUCUUGAAUGCGGUGUGAACGUAGCUUUCUAAAAAAAUCAAUGAACGCCAUCCAAACAUGUCAGACCGAAAGACAAACACGAUCACUUCUUUAACUUGGCAUAACAAAACUGCUGUAGACGUUUCAAUAGCUAUAUCCCAUGCUUGUGACUAACGAGGUAAAAAGAGAAACAUUGGAUCAAUUAACAAAAGUUCUCUUAAUUUGCUACAUUUAAAAAUAUUACUUUCAACUAAUCAUUUUAAAUAUAACAAAUUAAAGAACUUAUGUUAAUUGAUCCAAUAUUUCACUUUUAUAUUGAAAGGUGCAGAUAAACAGGCCUUUUAAGGCACAGCCGUGAGGAAAAGAAAAAUAUGGAUGGACAUCCAUUCGUUACUGUGGUUACACGCCCACUUCUUUGAUCUGCUCCGAGCGUCUGAGUGAAUUAAUUUCUUUACUGCAUGACCUGAGUGUUCCAGAGAAGCUUUUCUCAGGUAUUUCUGACCAAAACCUUUCCAAAAAGAAGUGUGAAGUAUGGGGAAUCUUUUUCUUGUGUGAGUGUUCGUUUUUAAUUUUUAAACGCAAUCCACAUUUUUAUUGACCAAAACCUAAUUUUUUUCAGUGCCGAAUAUAUUCGGCACUGAAAAAACAGUUUUUUAUUCAUUUGGAUUUAGAGGAGUUGACAGGUCAGAGGUGAGGUGCUCUUCCUGAUUUCUAGGUGGCAGCAAAACCCAGACGGCGGGCCUCCGUCCCACGACGAUCCGUGGAUUUCCUUUGAAAAACAUGUCUCCACGCUCGGCACACUCCUACUUUCCUGCACAUUUUUGAAGCUUGUAAAUGACUGACACUGUAAUGUACACCCACAACUGUAAGUCUGUAACUGUUGCUGUAAUGUUUGUUCUUAACUAACCUACCUUCCCCACUUUAAAAGUGUUUUUUUUUUUUUUUUUUUACUUUUUGGGUUUUUUAAGUGUGUCAUUGCACUGGAUGUGUGGGAGACGGGGGUAGCAGGAAAGGAAAACUGUCUGAGGAGGGAAAAAAAGGCAAUGAAACAAAUAAACGGGGGCAAGCAGGAA